AGGGGUCAAAUUUGAAAAUAGUUCGUUGUUGCCAAUAUGCAGUUACUACAGCGGUGCUAGUUAGCGGAAUUAUUACGGAUUUAAAUAGUUUUAUUAUUUAAAUGAAUCUCGCUUAGCCGUAAACAUUUACUCCCGGACUUUUUGUGUGGAACAAGAAGAAACGAUGGAUAUUAAUUCCUAUUUUCAGGCCUUCGAGCUGAGCGUGCGCAGUUAUGCUGGAGAUGACCCACUGGAUCCCUGGGAUAAGUUUGUACAGUUUCUAGAGAGCAAACUGUCACUGGAAGAGAGGAAGGGUUUGUCUGUGGUGCUGGAGCGCAUCGUUCAGACCUUCCUUCAAGAUGAGCGAUACCACAAUGACCUGCGAUACGUCACCCACUGCGUCAGAUUUGCCAAUUUCUACAGCGACCCGAUUGAGGUGUACAGCCGUCUUCACGACCGAGGCGUGGGGACGCAGACGGCGGCGCUGUAUAUAGACUGGGCCCAUCAGUUUGAGAAGAGAGGGCAGCUGUCUCAGGCUGAGAUGGUGUACCAGAGAGCGGUGGAGAACAAGGCUCAGCCGCAGGACAGCGUGCUUCAGCAGUACAGGCUCUUCCAGGGACGGAUGAACGCUCAGACUGCAGCAUCAGAUCAUGUGCGGCAGCCGCUACAGAACUCACAGCUGGUCAAUCAAAACCCCCGACAGAGAGAAGCUGUUCAGCCGCAGUGCAAGGAUCCAGAAUCGGCCUCUCCUACUCAUCGAAUGGUGCGAAUAAUCUCUCGCUCCGAGAAUAACCCGGUCCGGACUGGCGCCAGUAGCAAUGUGCAGUUUGUGUCCAUGUACUGCGUGAAUGAGCUGCAGUGUGAGGGGUCAGAGCUGUCGUUUGAGGAGCUCAGAGCCAAGCGCUACUUUGAUAAACGUAGACAGCAGGAGGAGCAGCGGCGGCUGGCUGAGGAGCAGCGCAGGCUUUGGGAAGAGGAGGAGGAGGUGAGGAGGAUGAAGCAGCUGUUGGAAGAUCUGGAGAAGAACGUGAUUCUAGACCCAGUGACACCCUCUCUUACGGUAGAGAUCCAGGAGCAGCAGAGAAGCAGUGUUACACCAAGUGAUCUUCCUGAGCCAGCGUGGUCCUCCAAGCCUCAGACGGGACUGCAGCUCCGCACUGACACCUCCACAGGGGAUGCUGAGACACGGAACAGCAUUGUGGCAGAAACCAGCCAUAUGCUGAUGCCUCCGCUUCCCAGUGCAGCGCACGGCUCCCGACCCGAGUGUGUGAGUGACUGUAGAGAGAGUCUGCUGGGACAGACGGACCGGCGGUCAGAGAGCACAGCAGUGGCGCAUCACAGCACAUCCCUGAUCCAGAGCAGCUUCAGCGCCAUCCCUGAAAACAGAGAUCUUGCCGCGUGUGAUCAGGGAGAUGCGGAUGGAAAUGUUGCAGACACGUCAUAUGGGGCUUUCAAUCACUCUCAUGUUACUCCAAACUCAUCUCUGGGUUUUGUUCAAGCCACGCCAUCCCGUGUUCUUCCAUCUCCCACUGUCAACACACGUGAAGCUUUGGGUGUGAUCAUGGACAUGUUUCAGGCCCCCACCCUCCUCCAGGAGUCCAUGUUCAGCAGCACCAUUCAGCCGGAGGACAGUUUUGAGAAGAGCUGCAGAAUUAGUAGCGCCCCCUCGUGUGUUAAAGCACCCAGCACAACUCCAUUCAUGAUUUACCAGGACAGCGAUGAGCAGGAGAAAGGAGGUUCUGAUCAGGCCAGAAGCAAACCAGCGGUGAUCCGAGCGCUGACAGAAAUCCCAGUGUCAAAAACCAAUGACACUCCCAUCAGCACCGAGUUCAUCACGGAUGAGAGCACCAUGUGGGGAGCGCGGAACGUCUCGGUAGGCCCGUGUCCCAACCACACCCGUGACUUCAGCCUGUCCGCUCAUCUGGUGUCCACACCCCUCCACCCUCAUGCGCCGCACACGUGGGAUAUGGAGCAGGGGCAAGAGGAAAAUGCAGUGGUCACGACCAUCGCCGGUUCAGAGGAGAACCCUUAUGUACGACAGCCCACUAAACUCAGUCCAAUCAUAGAGCAAAGUCCAGUGGAGGAGAAGCCGUCAGAGCUGGCGGAGUGCAGCAUGCGAGCUCAGGGCACGAUUGUUGGCGAGGGCGUGUCGUUGGCUCAACAGACUCAAGGGCUUUCUCUGGCCCAAAGCAGCUGCAGCAGCAGACAUCCACUGGCCGCUCUGUCCUUCCCCGACCAAACAGCCCUGAGGACGCAGGAGGAGUCCAUGAGCAGCAGGCCGAGCUGGAGCAUCUAUCAGAGCCCAGAGAAACAGCCCACGCUUCCAGCCACAGACCCAGAUGUCCCACUGGAUCAAGCAGUCGAUGAUGUUCUCCUGCCGAAGAGGUCCUUUCACAGACGUAAGAAGCCGUUGGAGCAGCAGGAUGUCGCCCUGGAGGAAGAUGUCCUCAUGAGUCCGAAAGCUGCUCUGGGACUGAACUGGUUCCAGGUGGACCACUCGACUCACGCAGCAGAACCAGAUCUCGAUGUCAUGAUGAGUCCGGCUCCGGUCUCUGUAGCCACUCAGCCCGCCUGGACCGUCUACCAGAGCCCGGAGAAAGCACCCAAAACAGACUUCCUGUGGGCGAUGAGCUCCGAGCCAGCGGUGGAGCAGGAUCUUGACAUGCUCUCUUCGCUGUGGGAAGUAGACGUUCUGCUUCCCAAAAAAUCGUUCCAGCAGAGGAAAUCGGGGGGAAAAGCACUUCAGAUGUUGCAUGAAUCUCUUUUAAUGAGUCCAAAACAAGCCGCUCCGGAGGAGUCCAGGUGUCCAGACCCGGAUUGGUUCUCCACUGACAGCCCACAGCAGCUGACCGAACCGGAUCUGGAUGUCAUGACCAGCCCACCGCAGAGCUCCAGGAAACCCAGUGCUCCCAUGAGCCCCAUGGACACAUCCAAAGCAGUUUGUGUUCAGCUGGUGUCAGACCCAUGGGACGAGGAGCUGAUCGUGUCUCUGCUCUCCAGCCUGCAGCCUCCUCUCUCUUCCCACCCCAACCUCACCGUCUGGAGCUGUCGCCUGCCCAGCAUCACGCCCAAAAUGACUGUCCAGAUCGCUGGAGAGUCGUUGAGAGUGGACUUUGUUCUUGGGCAGGGGGCGUUUGCCACAGUCUACCAGGCCACCAACCUCAUGACCACACAGAAACUCUUCCUAAAGGUGCAGAAGCCAGCGAACCCAUGGGAGUUUUACAUCGACAGCCAGCUGAACACCCGUCUGCAGCCCAGUGUGCGGCACCUCUUCAACACCAUAUACUCGGCACACCUCUUCACCAACGGCAGUGUCCUGAUCGGAGAGCUGCACAACUGUGGCACACUCCUGAGCGCUGUAAACCUGUACAAGAGCCGCAGUGAGAAGGUCAUGCCGCAGCCUCUGGUGCUCUACUUCACCGUCUGCAUCCUGCACAUGGUCGAGCAGCUGCAUCAGGCUAACAUCAUACACGCCGACAUCAAGCCUGACAACUUCCUGUUGGGAGAGAGGUUCCUGGAGAACAACUGCUUUGAACGGGAUCACCUAGAGCACGGCCUGGCUCUGAUUGAUCUGGGGCAGAGCAUCGAUAUGACUCUUUUCCCAGAAGGCACUGCGUUCACUGCUAAAUGCAUGACCUCGGGCUUCCAGUGUGUGGAGAUGCUGAGCGGCCGACCCUGGAGCUACCAGACGGAUUAUUUCGGCAUUGCCGGCACGGUCUACUGUAUGCUGUUUGGGACAUACAUGCAAGUUAAAGAGGAAGGUGGCGUUUGGAGGACAAACGGAGUGUUUAAAAGGAACGUUCACGCGGAUCUCUGGCAGGACUUCUUCCACACACUGCUGAAUGUGCCGGACUGCAGCUCUCUGCCGUGUCUGCGCAGUCUUCGCCUGCGACUCGACGCAGUCCUGCAGGAGAAUUACAGCAGCAAACUGCGCAGUCUGAAGAACCGGCUGGUGGUGCAGAUCCUGGAGGCUCGCUCCUCACGCAGAUGAGUCUCCUCCUGAACUCUUUGGUUUGGAGGCUUCGUUCAAACAUAUUCAAGCACUGUUGCUGUAUACAGAAUGAUUUCCUACAGACUGCUUUCUUUUUUUCAUUGCUAAUUUUAUUUUUUUCAUGGUUUUUUUAUAUUGUGAAAAAAAAGAAAAGUCAAAAGCCUUUGUGGAUUUCAAUAAAAUUUAGAUCAGAAAAA